AUGUUGCCACAGCUCAUCUCCUCCUCCUUCGGCUGGGUCAGAGACCAAGCGUCCGCCAAAGCGGAGGACGCCCUGAUAUCUAUUCUAUCGGCGGGACCAAUACCGCAGCACGUCGCGUUUAUCCUCGAUGGGAACAGGCGGUAUGCACGUAGCAAAGGAAUGCAGGUCAAGCAGGGCCACACCGAUGGCUUCUACACUCUCCGAAGGAUGCUUGAAAUAUGCAUCAAGCUGAACGUGCGUUGCGUGAGCGCUUACGCGUUCUCUAUCGAGAACUUCAAGCGGUCCCCGGAGGAAGUGACCGCGCUCAUGGAUCUAGCUGAGGACAAGCUGCUCGAGUUAUGCCAACAAGGAGACAUCCUUGACAGGUAUGGCAUCCGCCUUGUCGUCGUCGGCAACAGGGAUAUGCUGCCAGAGAGGGUUCUCGCUGCUGCAGAAAAGGCCGAGAGCCUCACCAAAAACAAUAAUAGGGCUGUCUUCAACCUCUGCAUGCCGUACACGUCCCGCGACGAAAUCACCACUGCGGUGCAUAAAGUAAUACAAGCGCGUCUGGAUGGUGCCGAUGACACAGAGAUCACAGAGGACGACAUCGAGGCUCACCUCAUGACGUCCAUUGCAGGGAGUCCACCUUUGGACAUCCUUGUCCGCAGCAGCGGCGUUAAACGAUUGAGCGACUACAUGCUCUGGCAGUGCUCUGAAGAUACGCAGCUGCAGUUCUCAUCCACGUAUUGGCCCGAGUUCGGCUUGCUGGACUUCAUGCCCAUCAUCCUGGACUACCAGCGGAAAGUCUGGUCCAAACCCCCGCAGUGA